AUGUUCAUGGAUUCGUGGGACAGGGAAGAGGAGCACGUACUGGAACGCCUGGAUAUCUCGGGAAUGCUGCUAACUCAUAUGGAGGUGCUGCUCUUCCUAUUCGGGCUUGCGCUUUUCACCAUCAGCUCGUGCGGCUGCGUCGGGGCACUGCGAGAGAACACCUUCCUGCUCAGAGUGUACUCCUUUGCACUUACCAUCCUUAUUGUCGUCAACUUUGUCCUCGGCGUUCUGGUUUACUUCGUGCCGGGAAGCAUGAAGAGUGUGAUAAAGACGACAAUGUCUGAGAAGCUCGUGGUCCGCUACCACGAUUCUCAGGACAAUCACGACCUCGUAGAUGCAAUACAGCGUUACCUCAAGUGCUGCGGCAUGACGUCACGAAACUUUCGUGACUGGAACGACAACAUUCGCUUCCACUGUGACGCGUUGAACCCGAGCCAUGAACGGUGCUCGGUGCCGCCGUCGUGUUGCCACCCCGAGUCGACCUUCACUGGAAUCUUCUGUGGGCGCAGCGUACUGAACUUGUCCGAUCACGAGGCUUGGUUCCGCGUUAAUACGAGAAGCUGCCCUAACGGCACAAACCGCUACGUGAAGGAGCACGUCAUGAUCAUCGGCGGUGUCUGCCUCGUCGCCGUCAUUUUGCUGGCCUUCAUCGACAUGGUCACGAACGCCGUAAUUGACGAGAUCGACAUCAUUUGCAAGAUAUAUGACCAUGUCAACGGUGCAGAGGCCGGAGUGUCAUCCGCAUUCACAACCUAA